GAUAUACAAUAACUACAUUUUUAGUGGUCCUCGUGAAUGUUCACUCUGUACUUUAUUUUUUAUCCAGUUGGGGUGGUUGUGAAUUUACAAAGAAGCCUGGAUGCUGGACAAAUAGGUAAUGGCGCGGAAUAUGAAGAGAGCAUAUGUGCUCUAUCUAGGUCUCAUAAUAUUUUACUCCAAAUCAAUCCAAUCAGCUCCCCUCUCCUCCUACUUGGUAUCUUCAUUUACACCCCUCGAUCUUGACUCCAACCUAAGGUUCAACAACAUCGCCCUCAACAACGUUACUGGAGAUAUCUACAUAGGAGCACGAGAGAGACUCUACCAACUCGAUUCCAACCUGAACCUCAAGGAGACUGUUGAUGCGGGAAGGUGUCCUCUACGAAAUGAAAAUCAAUAUGUCAAUGAUAACAAACUCCUAAUUGUUGUGAUUACGCCGGAGUACUAUAUGCUGAUUACUUGUGGAGGUUGUCAAGCCGCCCAUAAUUGCCAGACAAGAAAUUUGACCGAUAUAUCACUCGGCGUGAUGAAUUUAUCCAAUACCGGUCUCCUUGUGGAAGGAGGAGACUUACAUACCGUUGGAGUAGUUGCUCUUGGUGCAGAAUAUGAAAGUAGAGGAAUAGAUAAACUUAAUGAAUCAUUUUACUUAUUUACUGGAACCAGUGGGAGUGGCGGGGCUGAAUCCUUAUUUAUUUCAAAGUGGAAUCUUCCAGAACUCCAAUUCGAACAAGCAAUAUCUUCAGGAUAUGUCAAUUUUCAUGAGGCAUAUACGUUCAAACAUCUUAUUUCUUACAAGGAUUAUAUUUACUACUUCGUAUCAAGAGGUGUAGACACUUAUUUAGGACGCAUUUGUCGUAAUUCACCAGACAGAGACUUCGAAUCGUACACGGAGUUAGAGCUGCAAUGCGCACAUGGUGGGUCUCAGAAUGUUAUCCAGUCUGCUUACAUUGGCCCAUCAGGAUCCCAGUUGGCUGAAUCGAUGAAUAUCAGUACAGCGGAUGACCUAGUGUACGCAGUAUUCUCAUCUGUUUCUUCGUCUUCUCUUUGUGUGUAUACGAUGAUCGAUGUCCAGCAGAGGUUCGAAGAUGCUAUUUUAGGGUGUAUUUUAGGAACGGGCACCGGCACGGAGAACAUGUUCCUGGAGGGUAGUAUAUGUGCAGAGUAUCCUGCCACACCCCCGGAUUGGUACCAGUGUAGAGGUAUAUUUCAAGAUGGCUACAUAUUGUAUAGGUAUGUCAGUGCAACGAAUCCCCUCUCUGCCUCACACAUCAUCAUCAUCCCUGAUGUGAUUUCAACCUCCAUUGUGACCACCAUAGAAAGACAUCACACAAUGGCAUUCAUAGGAGAUACAGAAGGAAGCCUACAUAAGGUAUGA